AUGAGGACGCAGCUGCUGGCUGUGACUGCGUUGCUCGCUUGCGGGGUCAUCGCAUUGAUAACGACGCGAACCGAGAGCUUAAAGGCCCUCUACGACCUUGCCCUUCUACCUGCGGCAUGGCAAGCGAAGCAGCUGACCUUGGCUGAGCACUUGGUAGGUGUGACGGGAGAUACAGCAACACCGAAGGCGUCUCCGAGUAAGAUGAGACACAAACCACUGAAAGAUCGGGAGAUCGUGUCAUCCGUGGAACAGCAUGGCAAGGGUGUUGACUUGAUGGGAGGACUGAGGGACUCCAUGAAACCCGGGGCUCCCGAUGAAGGCAACAGCUCCGGCAAGAGGCCCCUCUCUGCUCUGAGUUCACAACCAGUCCCCUCUCAUGAAAAUUCGACCUCCCCGACUAUUUCCAACUCUGAGAACAUCUCGAACCCUCAAAAUGUUUCAUACUCUGAGAAGAUUGCAACCUCCCAAAUUUCUGCGAGCUCCGAGAAUAUUUCAGACUAUCGUGACAUCCCACACUCUCAGAACGUGUCAGAAUCUCGAAAUAUUUCACACUUUAAGAAUGCUUCACUUUCCCUCUUCAACGCCUCGAACGGCACCAGACCAACACUCGAUGGUAUGCGACGUAAUGAUUCGAGGAGUGCAAAAGCAAGAAGGAUGCGAACGAGGCAGAAGAAACGCUCAAUUCCGCAUAUCUUCUUUCACAUCUUUAACAAUGUGUUACACUCUGGUGAAUACAUUUGGAGUUCAAUGUUUGCAUCUUUCUUGAAGGGAAAUACGGUAUUCUUGCUCACAGAUUCUCAAACUGCUCGAUCUCAUCAAAGACAUCAAUAUGUGCAUUUCGUGGACAUGAAUGCAAUCAUGGACGCUGAGCCGAAGGUGAAAUCAAAGUUGGAAGAAUUUCGAGGGGUCUACAAGCCCUGGGGCAGCUCGGAGCCGUAUGAGCGUCAGAACAGCGAAAGGUUCUUCUUCAUGUACGCCCUGAUGCUGCAGCGAGACUGGACCGACGUCUUCUACACGGACUCUGAUGUGCUCCUGCUGACCCGCCUCAACGACCUCAAGAUCUACCGCCACUGCGACUCUGCUCUCAGCCUGCCGGCCACUCCCUUCCACAAGAACUUUUCAACCUUGGACUGGGUGGCCUGGGCAGGAACGGGCUUGCUUUCGCGCCCAAUCCUUUAUGAUUACAUGAACUUUGCGAUCACGAUCUACAAGUACCCAAAGGGGGUUGAGCUCCUGACCAUGAAAAAAGAGAAAGCUCCCUACGUAUGCGACAUGACUCUGUGGUACCUCUACGUCAGUCAGGCUGACCGCAAGCUGGGGAGAGAGUGGGGGGUCCCGUCGCUGGACUGUUGGAAGUCAGACGAGCACCAGGCUAGGAGACUUUGUGACAUCAAGGAGUACGGGUUCGAUCACCGGCAUGGGCAUCGGGAAGCUGGAUUUCGUUUCAAGGCGUUUCCAGCUCUGCGAGCACAACAACUGAGACGAUCUCAAGGAGGAGAGCAGGAGUGGAGUGACCUGAAGAGCAUCCACUUCCAGGGGGGUAAGUAA